UCCACCCACUAUACACAUGAUAUUAUUAUUAUUACUAUUACUAUUAUAUUAUAUCCGUCGCCGACCGCGUUUUUUUUCGCCGUUUUUCGUACCCGCUCGCCCUACUGUACACACGACGACGGCGAUCGCGACGCGCCGUCGCGGCCUGCGCCUGGGCCGACGCCGCCACCGCCGCCGACGCCGCCGGGUUUCCCGUCCGCGUCAUACCCGUAUUAUACGGCGUACGCGCGCGAGCGUUAUCUGAUGAUUCGCGUUUCUCUCUGUGAACCGCCGACGCCGCCGCCGCCGCCGCCAAUAUAAUAUCCUCGUGGUGUGGGUGCCGCCGACGACGGUAUUCACUUUUUCUGCUUCGCCGCAGUGAAGGUCUCUGAAGCCGUCUCGGCCAUCGCUCUCUCCGCCGCCGCGCGUGUCUGGUAAUAUAAUGUUAUAAAAUAUAUAAUGUUAUUACCGUUAUCGUAAUAUUAUCGUUUUCGCUGGGCCCGUCCGAGUGCGCGUUGGCCAACCACGGAAUAAUAUUAGACGUUGUAUACGCUUCGAACUCGACGUCCGUCGUGGUCGUCGUCGUGGUCACCGUCGCGGCCGCAGCAGCCGCCGUCGCAGUCGUCGGUACAGUGCGAAUCGCGCGCGCGCGCACAGUCCGUCGUCGCAGGUGGAUGAGCCCGCACGGACGGCGCGUACUCCCGCCGCCGCCGCAUUGACAGACACACACACAGGAUACCGUCAUGUUCUGUAGGUGGAUAUGCUGAAGGAUAUUCACAGUCCAGGAUUGGCAGCCGAUCCGGAGGACGGCAGCAACGGAGCUUGUUGCGCCGGUUGCGGUAGAUCGAUAGACGACCGUUUCUACCUGUCCGCGGUGGACAUGUGUUGGCACAUUGGGUGUUUGCAAUGUGCCGAAUGUAAACUGCCACUGGACACAGAACUAACGUGUUAUUCGAGACACGGCAACAUCUAUUGCAAACAAGACUAUUACAGGCUGUUCUCGAUAAAACGCUGCGCCCGGUGUCAGGGCGGCAUCGGCGCUUGCGACCUGGUGAUGAGGGCCAAGGACCUCGUGUACCACGUGGAGUGUUUCGCGUGUUACGCUUGCGGCGCGGUCCUGUGCAAGGGCGACUAUUACGGAGUGCGGGACGGCGCCGUUUUCUGCCGGCCGGACUACGAGCGGCUCAAGCACAGGGACAUGGCGUGCGAUCUGGAGCCGAUGUGCAGCCCUCCACGGGCGGCCGGCCACCACUGGCCGUCGGCGCACAAGGGCCGGCCGCGGAAGAAGAGGAACGUCCAGCUGCUGUCGUCGCCCAUGACGGCGGCCGAUUGCAACGGGCUCACCGAGCUCAACGUGCUCAGGAUACCGCAGUCGACAUUGGAAGUCAUGCAGGCCACAGACCUAUCUUCUUCGAUGGAAUCGCUGACUUACGAAACGUCCAGCUUGUCCUCCCCCACAAACUCUUCGACGAUGGGCACGACCGGUGGCAUGUCGCAGCAGCAACAUCAGCAAACGCGGACGAAGCGCAUGCGAACGUCGUUCAAACACCACCAGCUGCGUACAAUGAAGUCGUACUUCAACAUCAACCAAAACCCAGACGCCAAGGAUUUGAAACAGCUGGCUCAAAAGACUGGACUGUCCAAACGAGUGUUACAGGUUUGGUUUCAAAACGCUCGAGCGAAGUGGAGAAGAAACAUCAUGAGGCAAGAGAACAACCAAAUGGUGACCAGUUCCAUGUCGAACCAGAACCAGACUACGCCGUCCGACCCCGAUCUGAUCAGGGGACACACCCAGACCUCGCAGGGUUUAAACUUUGUCGAUCUCUUUUGAUUUCACAUGUAAGUCGUAGCUAUGUUAAUUAUAGUGUCACCACCCUCAUCGUUACAGUACAUACCUCCUAUAUAUCACCGUCGGUCAGUUCAAGCAACGUAUUAGGCGUAUUCGAAGUUAAACACAGUAUCGUGUCCGACAUGAAAACAUUCAAUCCUUCCCUGUACAUACCAUUUUCUUCUAAAACCCAAUAGAUAAAAUCCUGCUGACGAUACACAUAUGGCCGAGUCCUACUACAUACGGAUGUGUGUCGCAACUUACAAUUGAUCGUCUCUACACGCAUAUAUAUUUAUGAGAAUGAUAAAUCAAUACAAUAUAUUAUAAUAUUACGAUAUUCUUACCAAAUAAUUUGUGACGCGUUAUAUAAUAUAGGUACGUUACUAAUUACUACAAUACGCGACCACCAGUAAAUUGUAAUUAAUAUAUAAUAUGUUUAACUGCUUAAGUGAUUAUAAGUAUAAGAAAGAGAAAACAAUUGUUCCUUAACUUAAUGUAUUAUCAUUACACUCUUUGUUAUAUAAUGUAUAUAUGUAGGUUUAUCGUAUAUGUAUGUACCUAUGUAUAUAUGUAUAUCAUGUAUGUAUGUGUAAUUUGUAAUCCGUACAUUGUAACAUAUUAUUAUUAAUUAAGUUUAGAACGUAUAUAUUAUUAUUAUAUAUGUUAAACACGCGUGUUAUUUGAGCUGCCUAUAUUCGCGUGCGGCGUAUACUCAAAGGUCGCUAAACACUCGCAAUUAAUUGUUUAUGUUUUCUUUUGUGCUUGAAUAAAAAAAACUGAAUGGCCGACCUAAUUGGUGAUUACUAAUUAGUAUAUACGACUUGUAAAAAAUUAAGUAUACACCGCACGGCAAAGACUGGCAACGAUAAUACGUACGCGUAACACGCCUUGGCCGAGAAGUUAUUAAAAAAAAACCCUGUAUAAACCUCGCCGUAUAACCCAAUUUUUUUUUACAAAUCUAAUCAUUUAAACAUAAUAUUUAUUUUCAUAAUGUCGUGUAUCAAACGGUGACACCAGAAAUCAUUAACUAUAAUCGUGUACAAACAAAUUCGAGCCACUUUAUAUUGCGAAAACGGGCUAAAUAUACCAUAGGUACCAUAAUGAAUUUAAUAUUUAUGCCGUCAAUUUAACGAGCAUGAAUUCAAUAGAUAUUUGUACUUUGUAUAAUAUAACAUGAAAGGUAAACAACUGGUGUCGUCACUUGUCGAUAAUUUCAGAAAUAUGAAAACGUUUAUACAUUAUUCUCGGAAUAAAGUUCAACAAAUUCAAACUAAAGUUAUGAAAAUAAUAAAUUAAAAAUAUUUUAAACCAUUUUUGUGAUGUAUAAUACUAUUAUUAAUACAUUGUUCAAUCAUCAAACUAUUAUUUCCGGUUUGAAAUAAUAAUAAUUAAAGACCAUAAUAUAUAAUCGUAAUCAGUCUACGAGAACCGCUAAUGCGUUUUUAUUAACCUCGUUUUCAUGAAUUUUUAUUUGUUAGUGUAUUGACCAAGCGUAUAGUAGGUACCUAUAUUAUGAUAUAGUAAAACAUUAAAAAUAAUUGAAAAUUUUAAUUUUUCGUGUAACCCGCAAAAAAGAAAUAUUUAGUUUAUGUGAAAAAUAUAGCUUCAAAGCCAAAGGUACCGUAAUAUAAACUAUUUAUGUAUAUUAUAAUAUAAGAAGAAGACGAUUGUUAUAAAUAAAUUACUGUUAUUGUUUCGGGACAAUAUCUUUAUUAUUGCUUAAACACAUGCAGAUGAGCUAUUCCAAAGCAAUUGAUCUUAUUGAAUUCUAGUCAAUUUAUUAUUAAGCAUAUUAACUAUAUAUUAUAAUAUAAAAUUGGAAAUAAAAACAACAAUAUUAUAAUAUAAUACAUAUAUUAUUACUUAUUAGCGAAUAUUUUAGCGUUUAAUAGUAGGUAGACCCGAUUACUAUGUCGUUAUUGUAAUAAUAUAAUAUUAUAUUAUAUUAUUAUACACUUCUAGGAGAUUAUAAUAAUAAUAAUUAUAUUAUAUACGUGUGUGUAUUUAUUAUUACAAUGUCGAUAAAAAAUUAUGUUCUUUUUUGUUAAGAAAAAUAUAUAUAUUAUAUUAAAAAAAAAA